UCAACAAAACCUUCAGUUCAAACAUUGCUGACAGAGGAGGGAGACCUCAUUCAAACUAGAACAGCAAACAUGUCUACAGAAAACAAUGAGGGGAAUGUGUUGAAGCGUGUCAUAAAACUGCCACUUGUCAGCUCGGCAUUACAGCAGGCCUUUACUGUCUACAUGGGUGUGAAGGGUCGAUAUCCCCUGCUUGGGUUUGUGGGGGGUGUAGCUGAGCUGAGUGUCCGCAGUGCAUCCACAGCAGCCUUGCAACAAGCAGCGCCUUUCCUACAGAACCUUGAACCAGAAAUUGAGGCAGUUAACAGUUUUGCACUGGUAGGUUUGGAACAACUAGAAAAGUUUUUCCCUAUCCUCCAGCAGCCCACAGAUGAGGUGGUUGCUAAUCUGAAGGAUGCAUUCUUCUCAAGGCUGGAUGAGGCGCAGUCUCGUGUAAAUGAUGAGCUUGACAGAGCCGCGCACAGAUUGGAUGAACUGGUGGAGCUUAGCUGGCGCCUCCUGGUGGCAGCUCAGGCGUCUGCAGCGGGGCGAGUUGUAACUGCUGGACUGGAUGAACUUCUCACUCGAUCAGAGGCAGCAGUAGCGUCUUAUUUACCUCUGCCACCCACACUACAUCGUGAGUGGGAGAUACGAGUGCAGACUUAUGAAGAUGAGGAUGAUGGUGAAGAAGACGAAGAACCUCAGAUGUGGACGCGUGUCCGCAGCCUGUUGUUGUGUUUGUACCUUCAGCUGCACCACAGAUUGAUGAAACUGAGAGAAAGAGUGGACAGGGUUUUGCAGAUACUGGGGGAAGCUGCUGAAACGGUGGGUCUAAACCAGUUGAUGGAUAUGGUUGCAUCCCUGCUGCAGCUGCUUCUGAUGUUUUACACAUCUCGAGUGCUUCAUGCAGAGGAACUGCGUUCGGCGCUCAUGGCUCGGCUCACCUCAGGUUUACAGGCACUGAAGGGUCUGCCUCCGGUACACCAGAUACUGGCUCUGCCUGCUCAGGUACGCAGCAUCAUGGACGACUUGUUGGAACUGGGACAGAUCCUCAUACAGCUACUCAUCAACACCACCCCGCUCUAUGACCUGAUAAAACAGGUUUCUGAUCUCGAUGCAACAAACAACCCAAGUCCAGAUGAACUUCCUGAAAGUUCAUCCGGCCGCACCUCUGCAAACAGCCUCUUUCUCAAGGCCAUGGAUGGUCGUCCACGUCGUCGCAGAAGCCUUUAUGCCCGUUCGCGUUGUGGGUCUGCAAGUGGGCCUUCAACCAGCCCAGUUUCCUCUCCGAUUCCUCCUGCAGUCCCAGCUAAUGACCGCAAGGGCAGUUUAAAGCCAGAUUCCCAGCUUUCAGGCCCUGCGGAAUGUGACACAUUGUCUGUGCCCACUGCAGAUAUGGUCCAUCGUCGUUCCUCAGCUACUGAGGUUCUGAUGGUUCCCAUUAUGCAAUUAGUAACACAGAGCCAACGAGCAUUUGAGUUUCUGAGCGCUGGCUCUUCAUCUGAAGACCAGGUCACACCUGUGGUGGAAACCACAGAACAUUAAGUUUCACUCUUUUUAAAUGUAACCCUUUAUCUUUAUAAUGGUAUACAGAUCAGAUGUAACCUCUGCAGCUGAUAAGCAGCUACGGAAAAUCUAACAAGCAUGUCUUCAAACAAAGAACACUAACUCUAUGGAGACUUUUUUAAUAAAUCUGCAAAAAAUAAUCUGUUUAGUAGAGGCAGUGCUUCAAGAAUUGGGUUGAUAUUUACAUACAAAUAAUUUGGAUAGUAAACCUUUUUCAAAACAAAUAUAAAUAUAUAUUUUCAAAUAUUAUCAUGUAACUUGCAGUUUAGACCAAAUAAAACAUUUCUAUUUAUUUAGCUUCACCUAACCCUAAUAUACCUUAAGCAUUGUUUUGAUUAUAGACUGGUGUUAUGAAAUGGCUGAUAGUUAAGACAAAUAGACAAGGAGAGAGCGAGAUAGAGAGAGAGGCAGAAGAUGGCGCGAGAUAGAAAUCAACUGUUUAAAACUGUUUUUCAGAAAACUUGGCAAGGAUUAAACCAUACUUUACUGAGAGAAUAACAAGAAUAUCCCUUUCAUUCUUUAGGGGCUAUUUUAUAUAGUAAUGCCAAUUUCUACAUUAUUUUUUUUAUUUUAAAGAGGAAGUCAAAGUAAACUUAUAUGGCUAAAAAAUAUUUUCAAAUAUAAUUUUAAAUAUAUUUUAAAGUAUACAAAAAUGGCCAAAAAAUAUAUCACUGUAAAAAUGUGCAGCAUUUUUGUCUAAUCAACAUAUAUUUUUGUUACUUUAACUCAAAAAAUUAAGUUAAACUAUUUCAACUUGAUUUUAUAAGUUAUGUCAACUUUUCACAAGCUAAAACUUAAAAUAAUAGUUUAAAUUGAUUUACAAAACCAAGUUGUUUUAACUUCAUGCUGCAUUUUUUACAGUGUGUGCUGAAAUAUAUUUUGAAAUAUUUUUACAAAAGAUUUUCACCAAUAUAUUUUGGCCAAAGCAUUUAUAUUCACGUAAAACAUUCAAUGUUAUAAACAUGUAAAAUUAAAUAUAUUUUCAACUUCAAAUAUAUACUUAGAAUUUUACACAUACUUAUACAUUUUAUACAUACUAUUGCCAGAAAAAAAAAAAUAUAUUUUUGCCAUAUGGGUUGUAAAAUUAGAAAUGUAUUUGUUGCCCCGAAAUACAUUUUGAAAAUUUAUUUUCAAAUUCAAAAAUAUAUUUAAUCAAGCUUAACUCAAAAUGUAUUUAGCAUAUAUUUAAAAGUUAUUUUGGCCAGAUAUUUUUUUUGCCAUGUAGGCAUCAAAUAGUCUGGCGAAAUUAAGAUUGCAGGUGUUUGAAUACUGUACUAAACAAAACAUGAGAAUCAUAGUGGAACUGAAGGAGUAAUGAAAGUAAACUAAUAGUGAGAAGGACAGAAUUUCAAUUAUAAACUGAAUGUUUGUUCUGCUGCUUUGUGUAUAGCUAAACUGCUACUAUUUAGAUGUCCAAGUAUCUCUUAACUGUUUGCAUCCUAUUAGUUUCCUGUAGUGCUUUUCUAGUCAAGUUUGAAUUUAAACUAAAUAAAACGUUUGCUAAAAUGCUGAUGUUGUUUUUGAUAUUUUUCCCCACCAAGUAAUGACGAGUAAUUCAACAAAAAAUGUCCAUAUAACAACAUUUAUCCUUUAUUGAAAUUGACACCCAAAAUAAAAUACAAUCAAUAUACGGUAAACAAGGUAAGCAUACAUUUUUUACAGUCUGUAAUAUAGUGCGGUAUAUACAGAAUUCUAUAGUUAGUACUGUAACAGCAGUUUGAGUUAUAGCUGCAUUCAGUAACACUGUAUCUCUAUCUUCUUGUUAUGGAUUGCAAUUGAAAUAAACAUACAAUAUAUACAUUUUAUUACACAUCUGGACACUUUGAUGGGAAAAUAAAGGGGCCCAUGAAUUCAGAUAUGUUUAGUGCAAAAUGAUUUUUUUUU